AGAACAGCUUCCCAUAACAACAGCAGUCCAGAACAGGAAGAGGUUCCCUGUUUCUCAAUGUUACAGCACACUGAUGAUACGCUUAUUCAGAGCUGAGCAGAGGCGCAGGCAUAAAACAAAAACUAAACAUAUUUAUUUAGGGCGUAAAAAACAACCAAAUACGGCUGCAUUACAUUUUAUUAACGAUUAAAAAAAAGGUUUUAGGUGGACAGACAAAAACGUGCUGUACGGAGAUCGAUAGUAUUGUGUUCAUGACAACACUACUGGCAAGAAAAAUAGCGUCGAUACGCCGCCGUCAACCGCAACUACACUGCUUACAUGAAUUAGUGGAAACAAGACGGUCAAAUUGCAGUAUCUGACGUAAGUGUGCUUUUAUUCUGUUUUACUUAUAUAUCCCCUUCAGUCGCUGCGUGCAGCCUUUAUUGCAACACGUUAAGGUCCAUUUGUCAUCUAUUUCACAUUACAAUCCCAUUAUAUAUUAUUAAACUGCACUAUAAUAGUGUUCUAAAAAUAAAUACAAAUAUAAUGUAUACUUUUGCGCUGUAACUAAGAAAUUUACAAUCGUAAAGAUUGUUUUCAGUGCUUCCGCCCAAAAGCCCUGAUUUCGAAUCUUGACAUCUGUGACGUCACUAGAGGAAAACAAAGCACAAACUUACACACAAUAUUGCUCUGAAUCCAGCUGGUUUAACAGACCUCUAGAGGUACAGACGUGCUCAAAUUUGUUGGUACCCUUACAGCUCAUUGAAAUAAUGCUUCAUUCGUCCUGAAAAGUGAUGAAAUUAAAAGCUAUUUUAUCAUGCCUUUGGUAUGUCAUAGAAUAAAGCAAAGAAGCUGUGAAAAGAGAUGAAUUAUUGCUUAUUCUACAAAGAUAUUCUAAAAUGGCCUGGACACAUUUGUUGGUACCCCUUUGAAAAGAUAAUAAAUAAUUGGAUUAUAGUGAUAUUUCAAACUAAUUAGUUUCUUUAAUUAGUAUCACACAUGUCUCCAAUCUUGUAAUCAGUCUUACAGCCUAUUUAAAUUGAGAAAAGUAGUCACUGUGCUGUUUGGUAUCAUUGAGUGCACCACACUGAACAUGGACCAGAGAAAGCAAAGGAGAGAGUUGUCUGAGGAGAUCAGAAAGAAAAUAAUAGACAAGCAUGGUAAAGGUAAAGGCUACAAGACCAUCUCCAAGCAGCUUGAUGUUCCUGUGACAACAGUUGCAAAUAUUAUUAAGAAGUUUAAGGUCAAUGGAACUGUAGCCAACCUCCCUGGGCGCGGCUGCAAGAGGAAAAUCGACCCCAGAUUGAACAGAAGGAUAGUGCGAAUGGUAGAAAAAGAACCAAGGAUAACUGCCAAAGAGAUACAAGCUGAACUCCAAGGUGAAGGUACGUCAGUUUCUGAUUGCACAAUCCGUCGCUUUUUGAGCAAAAGUGGGCUCCAUGGAAGAAGACCCAGGAGGACUCCACUUUUGACAGAAAAACAUAAAAAAGCCAGACUGGAAUUUGCUAAAAUGCAUAUUGACAAGCCACAAUCCUUCUGGGAGAAUGUCCUUUGGACAGAUGAGUCAAAACUGGGGCUUUUUGGCAAGUCACAUCAGCUCUAUGUUGACAGGCGAAAAAAUGAAGCUUUCAAAAAAAAGAACACCAUACCUACAGUGAAACAUGGAGGAGGCUCGGUUAUGUUUUGGGGUUGCUUUGCUGCGCCUGGCACAGGGUGCCUUGAAUCUGUGCAGGGCACAAUGAAAUCUCAAGACUAUCAAGGCAUUCUGGAGCGAAACAUACUGCCCAGUGUCAAAAACCUCUGUCUCAGUCGCAGGUCAUGGGUCCUCCAACAGGAUAAUGACCCAAAACACACAGCUAAAAGCACCCAAGAAUGGAUAAGAACAAAACAUUGGACUAUUCUGAAGUUGCCUUCUAUGAGUCCUGAUCUGAAUCCUAUCGAACAUCUAUGGAAAGAGCUGAAACUUGCAGUCUGGAGAAGGCACCCAUCAAACCUGAGACAGCUGGAGCAGUUUGCUCAGGAAGAGUGGGCCAAACUACCUGUUAACAGGUGCAGAAGUCUCAUUGUGAGCUACAGAAAACGUUUGAUUGCAGUGAUUGCCUCUAAAGGUUGUGCAACAAAAUAUUAGGUUAGCGGUCCCAUCAUUUUUGUCCAUGCCGUUUUCAUUUGUUUUAUUAUUUACAAUAUUAUGUUCAAUAAAAAAUCAAAAGCAAAGUCUGAUUUCUAUUAAAUAUGGAAUAAACAAUGGUGGAUGCCAAUUACUUUUGUCAGUUUCAAGUUAUUUCAGAGAAAAUUGUGCAUUCUUCGUUUUUUUGUGGAGGGGUACCAACAAAUUUGAGCACGUCUGUAUAUAUUGAACCUAUUAUUCAAUUUAACCGACUUACUUAUACUUAUUGUUAUUCAUAAUUUUAUUAGGCCUAAUAUUUAUAUAUAAUACUAUUAAAUUGUUACUAACACAGUUAAAAAAAUAAUAAUAGGCCUAUUUUAGCGAUGGUUAAACGGUGUGCUGUAGUGUUUUGUGGUAAUUCCACAUACAGUGGACAUAGUGUCCGCCUAUUUCCAAAUGAUCCUGUUAAAAGGUGACUUUGGGUCAAGUUUGUCCAAGUUAAAAGGAAAGCUUUUCAUGAGACAUCCAAUUCCGUGAUUUGCGGCGCUCAUUUCACAUCCGACAGCUUUGUUAAUGAAAUGCAGUUUGCGAUGGGUCUCAGUCGUAGGAGAGAUUUGAAAAGCGGGGCAGCACCGACUAUACAGCCAGUACACACGGAAGAGCAGAUAAGAAAGGAGAGAAAAAGACGAAGUAAGCUACCGGGGAAGAAGAGAGACAGGUGGAGUGUCUCUUCAUAUAACACGCCAGUGUGUUUGUCUUCAGCUGCAGUUGUCAAUAAGAGGCCAAGAAGCCAAGCCGUUAAGAAAGUGGAGGUUGCUAGAAUAAGUGCACGGGAAUGCGUUGCAUGGAAAAAAAAAAGUAUUUGUGAAAGUAAAAUCGACAGCCCACUUCAAGAUCAAGAUUUGUGAUGCAGAAAUCGUAAAAUAAUGAUUCCACUCAUCCAGCUUUUUAGGACUUUGGCUCUGAAGAGGCAACGUUUGGAUCCAGUAUGGAGCCCAUUGCAGAGCAGGUGGCUGAACUGAAACUUAUCCAGAUUAAAGAGGAGGUCUCUGAACUGGAAAUCGACCCUGUUGAGAAAGAGUCCCCGGAACUGGAGAAUAUCUGCAUCAAAGAGGAAGAGGAGGCUGAAGGGGAAUCGCUUUACAUCAGGAGAGUGAUUGUGGAGUCGGAUUAUGUCUACGUUAAACCUGAAGAAUCUGACCUUGAAGUUUCAAUUGAAGGACUGAAGUCUCAAGACACUAAUGUUAAGAAUGGAAUGGGAUCUGUACAGUUGGAAUAUCACAUCUCUCUGCCAGACACUGUCCAAAUGCAUCCUUCACUGCAAGGUGAAGAGAUACCUUUGGUGACCACAGUGCUUCCAACCAAUGAGUCAAAUACAGAAUCUAAAACCAAACGUGGCAGGCAUGUGGGACGACAUCAGUGUAUUGAAUGUGGGAAGAGUUUCGUACAAUCCUACAACCUUAAAGUUCACCAGAGGACUCACACAGGAGAGAAGAUGUACCCCUGCACCAACUGUGGAAAGACCUUCAGUCAAAUCGGCAGCCUUAAAAAACACCAGCUGACCCACACCGGAGAGAAACCGUAUCAGUGCUCUGAAUGCGGGAAGAGAUUUAGCCAGACCAGCAACCUGAACACCCAUCGGAGAAUUCACACGCGGGAGAAGCAGAACCGCUGCAGCGACUGUGGGAAAACGUUCAAUAACCUGAGCAACUUGAGAGCGCACCAGAAAAUCCACACGGGAGAGAAGCCGUACCUCUGCCCCGAGUGUGGACAGAGUUUCAGUCUCUUCUGGAACCUGAAGAGACACCAGAAAGCCCACGCAGGAGAGAAGCAGUAUUGCUUUAUGGAAUGCGGCCGGACUUUCAGUCAGUUCAGCUCCCUUAAAAGACACCGGAAAGUCCACACUGAAGAGAAACCGUAUCACUGUACGGAGUGUGUCAAAACCUUCAGGACAUACAGAUCCCUGAAAGGACACCAGAAAAUUCACACAGGAGGGAAACUGUGACUCUCCUAAAUGCGGCAAGACUUGUAGUCACUGAGACUCUGUUACAAAACACAGGAGAGACAUCAUGGGCUUGAAGACAAAGUGGAAGGCAAUUUACUGACAGCAUGUAAAUGCAACCUUUAGAAAAUGAAAUGCUGUGCCAUUUAUAUUGUGUGCAAAAUCCAUGCUGAAUGCGCUCAGAUCCACAGACAUGAAGAUAUUUUAACAUGAUAUUUUACUUUGAUCUGAAGUGCUUUAAAAUGCUCCAACUUGACAGCAGUACGUUUCUAAAACACAGACGAUCAUGUAAGAACUCAGACCUACACUUCAUAUCCCUAGUCCAAUUGCGGUCUCUUGCAAUGACAGACAUUUCGAAUAAAAGUUUCUUUUCAUCUCCUCGUUGAAGGCAUUGAAAAGGCGCCGAGUGGAAACGUCGUUGAAUGGGUUCGGUUUCUUUUAGUAUUUCUAAAUGGAGCACUGUUGAGUGCUUUCGAGUUAUGGAUGUUGUUGAUAACCAAGACUCAUGGACUUGUCCUUUAUCCCGACAUCAGCUUGUCAAUGAGAUGUAAAAGUCGAGAGCUGUUAUAAGACAGGAAUUGGAUUAAAAAAUGACUGCUUUUAUAAGAAAAAAAUAAUUUAUGUUAUUAAUUAGUCAUCAGAUGAUUUUAUCCAAAGUGAUUUAGAGACUAGGGGGUGAACUAUGCAUCAUCAGCUGCUGCUGCAGAGUCACUUACAGUAGGACCUCAUUUGUUUUACAUCUCAUGCAAAGGAUGGAGCACAAGGAGGUGAAGUGACUUGCUCAGGGUCACAUACACAGUGAGUCAGUGGUUGAGCUGGUAUUUUGAACUGGGAUCCUGCUGGUAUCAAGCCAUUUUCUUUAACCACUGGACCAGCAAGCCUCCAUAAUAUAUUUCAAAUAAAAGGAAUAAAGGUUUAAACAAUGCAAUUGUCAUUCUUUAUAUAUUUGCUUCAUUAUUUGGUAGAAAUGAUAUCUGUUGAUAAACUAAAAUGAAUUUUGGAGGGCUGUGAGGCCCUGUGAAUGUGAUAAUCUAUAUAUUGUGUAUGUGUGUUUUUAUUCUUGUAUUUUGAGUUAGUUUGGCUGGGAUGGGGUUCAAAUCCCAUCCCUGCAAAAUCCACAUGCAGAAUGUGACCAGGUCCUAAUUGAAUAAUUGAUAGUCGAUUAAACCUGGCAACACGGUAUAGAAGAGGAACCAGUUCCUUUGACCUGGGAGAGUUAGUUUAUGAGCAGGAAUGGGAGCAGCAGGUUGUGCUCCCUGGCACUGCUCUGAGAUGCCCCUUGCUUCAUUGUUUUGUGUAUUUUGUUUACAUCUGAAAACAAAUGUGUGAAAAACAUUAAAAACUGCAGUCUUUGUCUCCUU